AUGGAGUGUCUCUCGGCAGGCAUUCGGCACUCAUUUAGGAGGUCCAGCUCUCGAUCCCUUUUUUUCUCUCUUGCAUCGCAUUCUUUGUUUGCCUCACAGACCCAAUAUGUUCUUGUUCCAACCUCCCGGCGCAUGAAGUCCCACCAGUCCAAGGACAAGUCCGAUGCGCAAAAUACUCCAGUCUCCGUGGAGGAGACUGCCGAGCCUACUCAGGCACAUCCACUGACGGGAUAUUACUCAUUAAUCCUGAAAUCACCCUCACCCUACGGUGGUCGUGCGACCACAUCGCGACCGACACCGACUCCGUAUCGCCCCGAAGACAAACCGGCACCGGCAACCACUGUCGAACCGCAAACUCCCCAAGAAAAAAUGGCGAUUGUUUUUGGUACUCGUCUUGCAGGUCCAGGUCGGUCCUCGCGCUACAAUCCUGGCGAAGCGCCGCCGGAGUCGACUUGGAAAACGGUCAAUGGUGUUCCUAUCCCUCCUCAGCCCGAGGAACCAGAUAAUUGCUGCAUGAGUGGCUGUGUACACUGCGUCUGGGAUGACUUCCGAGAUGAGAUGGAAGAUUGGGCAUCUAGGAUUACAAUGGCUAAGGCCAAGGGCGGUCCAGAGAAGGGGACAGAAGACAUGCGUGCAGCACCCAGAGCUGAAGUUCGUUCGGCUAGUGGAAGCAUGGACGAUGACGGUGGUGGCAGUGAUACAAAUUGGUCCAUGCCGAAGCAAGAAGACGAUCUAUUUUCCAACAUCCCGGUUGGUAUCCGCGAAUUCAUGAAGACGGAGAAAAAGUUGCGGGUGAAGCAUCAAAAGGAGGCAGCGAUAUGA